UAUUCCAUAUCAUCGUAUAUACUAACUAUAUAUCUUCAAUGGCCCUUAGUUUUGAUUUCAGAUUGGCUGUUCUUGCAGCCCUAGUGCUUAGUUCAUCACCGGCGUCGCCCACUACGACUACGCCACCGGUUCAGAGUUCUGUGGCCCGGAUAAACACUCGUGUUCAGAUGGCUGAUUCCAUAGUCCAACCCCAGCCUGGAAACUGCGAUAAAAACAACAAAUUCAUGGGUAGGUGGUCACCGUUGCUAGUCGGAGCGGUGCUCUUUUAUCUGUUGCAACCCGGUCUGCUUUUCCAGUGUCCGGGAAACGAUCGAAAGGUUGAGUUCAAAUCCAAUAAGACCAAUGGCAAGGCUAUGAUCUUUCACUCUAUAAUAUUCAUUGCUAUCUACGCAAUUAUAAUUAAGUUCUCUCAUGGUAAUGUCUGAUAUGUACCCACUGAUGAUACAUGGCGUCUGGGAUGAAUUUUUAUUUUUAUGUUUUUUGGAUUCUACAUUCUAAUCCAUCUAUUGUAUUCAUAAGUUUAUG